UUGUUUGAAUGUAUUUAAUAAAAAUAAAUAUGAGUGAAAUAGACCAGUUUGAUGAGAAUUUAUCUGAAGAACUGCUUGAUGAGAAUGCAUCAGCUUCAAGUGUAAAUGUGUCUCCGAGUCUUGAUAGAAACAUGUCAAGCUCUCCAUUCCAGAAAAAGGCAGUAACAUCAAGAAGAGAUGUAUUUCCUCUAUCUCAAUUUGGAAGAUUUAAAUCUUCCAAACAACCAAGAGAUGAUAGGCCUGGAACUAUGAAGAUGCUGAAUUAUGUUAAAGAAGAAUUUCGUUCAAAACAAUUUACUACAAAAACACCAGUUGUAUCACGUUUGCAAAGCGACAUCAGAGAGCUUCUUAAAAAGGCUGUUCAGCAAAAGAGCCAGUCUAAGCCAAUCCCAAAAGCAAAUGAGGUCCCAAGUCCAACUACAGCCUACAAAGGACCACCUCCUUUGAAAUUGGUUAAAGAUUUUACCAUUCACGAAGUCCAGACCCCAGAAUGCUUUUCUGGAGCUUCAUAAUU